AGUCUCCUUUCUUUCGAGAACGAACAAGACAGCUUUUGACGAAUGCCUGCGCCUGGAUGCAAAGGCAACAGAGGGGAUCCUUGAGUUGUUGCCGGUCUUGCUGGUCCCUUCUCAGGGGGCAUGUGCAUCCGACAUCUUCCUUGUUUCCUGGCCCCUUGACAUGUUGCGCAUCCCCUUUGUUGUCUCCCAUUAACAAGCGCGUGCUUUUACGCUCAGUGGCCUAGUCAUAUGCAGCUGCUAGUAUCGCGAAAGUCCCUAUUGCAGCACCGCUUACCUAAAUUUGCAGAAAGUGUGCGCAGUCCCUGGAAAUCGUUCUUUGUCUUUGUACGUUGGUCGCCUGCGGGUUCCUCUCUCGACGUAGGAGGGAACAGUGCAUGCUCUGUCCGUUGCCGCCCCAGAGGUUUUCAAUUGCCGUGCCAUAAAGUGUGCCACACACGAAAAAAGCACACGGCUUGCGCCAUAGCACAUCCGGUAUCAGAGGCGUUCCUACUAACGCAUGAGACAACGCCGAAGGCCUGCUGACGAUUCUCACCUAAAAUCGGUGUUAGUUUACAAUAAUGUCGUCGCAAGCUUCGGCUAGAACCGGGCUGAGCCCGGCAGAGGAGGCAUUUCUGUCUUACGACUGGGCAAAGAGCGCGAAAUGGCAAGCGUACCUCGACAGCUUAUAUCCCACUCCACCGCUGAACAAGAUGAUGAAGUGGAAGAAGAAAUUCUUCAAGACACACGAGGACCCAACAUUCGUUCCGGAUUCCCCCGCUCUGGCAGCUGCCCUGAAUGAGGAGGAUCCAUCGAACGCUCAGCAGUCGCACACUCAACCUCCAUCGUCGGGAACAAGCGGAAAUGUGCCAACAUAUUCGUAUUCUCAGCCUUCUCAGAGAUUCUCCCCACCGGCACGAAGGUCCUUCCUCCGAUCCAAACUUCUUCCGCCACUCUGUGCUGUGGGUCUCGUCGUCGGUGUCAUCCUUUCUUUACUUUCAGUCUUUACACCUCGUCAGGACUCCGAGCCGUCGACGCGCCCCGGACUGACGGGUUCCAGUGUGCUCUUCGUAUCGUUUCUUCUGCACGUGUACAUCGUCUUGGGAGGCCCGCCAGUUCGCUUCUCAAAUUUCACGGAGUCAAUCAGUACAAACCUCCCGCCGUACGUCCAGCAAGCUCUGCACUUGGAUGCUGCUCACGCAAUCUUCUACUUGCUGUUCACGGCGUCAAUGCCUCCCUCGCUUCCGGUCACCCUCUCUCCAGCCAUUUCAGCCCUUCUCGUCUUCUCCACUUUGAUGGGAGAAGGAGACGGCAUUCCAGUCGUUGUCAAAACCAACUCCCUCGUGCUCAAGGCCAUUACGAAGGUGCAGAUGAAUAGAAUGCUCCUCAUGCAACAGCGUGCCGACGUCGAAGUCUUCUUUGGCGUCUUCUUCAUUGUGUCACGGAUUUUGACUCUCAAUUUUUCGGUCUCCCACAGCAUUAUUCCCAUUUUCCUUUACUUCCACCUCUUCCGAAUUCGCUACUCUACAUGCGGUUUCACGCACACUACGUUCCGGCGAAUUGAUGCCUUCAUUUCUGGACUCGUGUACAAGCCGAUGUGCCCGCCAUUUGUUGCCUCUUUAUACCGUCGGGUUCAGACACUGUGCAAGGCCCUGGUAAAUCCUCAGACUACGUCGCCAACUGCAGCCGCGCAACAGCGCUGCGUCAUUCAGUGAAGUUGAAAGGCUUGUGACCUUCAUCUUUUGCGACAGUGCCGACAUUUAGAAUGUUUGUGACCCGUUUCCGGUCGGAAGCCGAUCACAUGCAGGAUCGGGAACAGUGCUACGGGCCCGCGGAACUCGGUCUUGUGCAUGCGUGAACUCUUGUGUGUACGCCUACGUGAUCGCAGUAUCGGCUUAGAAAACAAGCGCCAGGUUAAUCGUGUCGGGGGAUUCC